GGAAACGUAAAUAAAACGAAAUGUCUGCCAUCGAUAGCGUCUCGAUUGAAUACUAAUCGGUUUAUAUUUUACAAAUUAAAAUAAUUGAAAAUGCCUCGAGCGAAAAAAUCGGUAGUGUGGGAUUAUUUUAUAAAAUUACUAGAUGAUCCAAUAAAUAACCGCGUGCUGUGCCAAAUUUGUAACAAGAAAAUGAAAUUUUUUGGCAACACAACAAACCUUAAAGAACACUUGAGGCGCUCUCAUCCACAAAACUUGGCCGAUACAGAGUCGUUACAGAAUAGUCAAAAUGAUAGUUUUAUACUUUAUGUGGAUCAUCCAAAAGCCAAGAGAUUUAAAAAGAUUAAAGAUGACAUUGAUGAACAUGAAGUAUCAGAAGAAAUAUCAAAUGAACAUGAAAAUAUUGAGAUCAUGCAACCAGAAGCUUCAAUCUCCUUCAAGGAAAAUCUUUAUGGGGAAACCAGUGUUACUAUUUCUAGAAAAGAUCAAUUCCAAGAACACGUCUCCCACUUAGGCACAGAUGAUUUCGCCAAAGUUGUAGAGAGUGGAUCUUUUAUUGACAAAUCGUUGUUAAUAGAAGAUAUUUUAAAAUAUAACUGUGUCUUAAUAACAGCUCCUCAUGGAUCUGGAAAAUCGACUAAUAUGCAUAUGGUAAAACGAUUUUUGGAAAUUGUCGUUGGAGAAGAUGGCUUACUACGAGACUUAAGAACGACGUACAAUUACAGAAUAUUCCGAGAUGCAAAGCUUCAAAUUACAGAAAAUAUGAAGUUAUGCAAGGACCAUAUGGGACAGCAUCCUGUAAUUUUUAUAAACUUUAAACCUUUAAGCAUUAUCAACGAUUUUGACGAUAUGAUAACAAAGUUUAAAUAUAUUUUAAGGCAGACCUUCUCGCAACAUUCUUACCUUACGAAGAAUGCGGGGUUAUUAAUGCAAUCCAGCCGAGAGCUUUUUCAAAAAUAUUGCGAUCCAGGAGCGAGCCUAGAGCUGACUUUAGCAGAAAUAGAAAUGGGUUUUACAUUUUUAACUGAAUUACUGUUUGUAUAUUUUAGAAAACAGGUAACAGUCUUAAUUGAUAAUUAUGAUGCGUAUAUUGAUAGUUUGAUGUUUAAAAAUAAUCCUGAUACUGAAAAAAUAAUGAAUUUUAUGCAGUUGAUGAACACUGAAUUAUUAAAAUCAAAUCGGUUCGUUAAUUUUGCGUUUUUGACGGGCGUAUUUCCAGUAACUACUUCUGGUAUAUUUACGGUCUCUCUCAAUAUAAAAACAUUUUAUUUCCUAGAUAAUCAUGACUUCUGCAAGUAUUACGGUAUUACUAUGGAAGAAUUAAGUGACUUGUUAAGAAAGUUUAUUAUAGAUGCACACGAGAGAGAUAAAACAGAAAGAAUUAUAGCCGAAUAUUACGGAGGAUAUGUUGUGCCUAGCCAAAAUCUGGUCUUGUUUAAUCUUUGGUCCGUGUUCAACUAUUUAGAUAAUAAAAAGUUACCUUUUAACUACUGGUGUCAGCCAGAACACUAUGAUUAUUUUAAAUUAUUGUUUUCAAUAAAGGACAUUGGUGAAGAAAUUCAACAAUUGUUAUUAGGUCUGACUAGAUGUACGGAUAUCUCAAAACCCAUUUCCAAUCUUAAUUUUCGUACCUUAAUAAAAAUGUUCAGUGACAAAGAAAGUUACGGUUCAUCUUCAAGUUUAUUUUUGAAGGUUCUGUAUCAUUUAGGAUAUCUUACAGCCAACGAGCAGUUAACUUUUGAUCUAACCGAAGUUUAUCUCAGAAUACCAAAUUCUGAAAUUCGAUUGGAGUUCGCAAGAAUCUUAAAAGAUACUUAUAUCGAAAAAUACAAUUUUAAAGAAAAAUAUAUAAGGCCUUUCCAUUCAGCUGCUAAUUCUUUUAAUAGUAAUUCAUUUGACAACAGCAAAUUUGAAUCAUUCUGUAGGGCUUUAAACGACUUAUUUAUAAAUUCCUCCUACUACGAGUUUCCACAAAAUUCCAAUAACUUUCAGUGUAUACUGUUCACAAUAUUGGCUAGUAAAUUUUGCAUAACCCAAUCAGAAAUCUAUAGGACGAACUUAAGUAAUACCAUAGAUAUAUUAACUGUAAACGAUUCUGGUGUAGGCAUCUUCAUAGAAACACGAAUUUUGGAUGGAGAUAAGAAGGAACAAGACAUCGCUAUAAAAGCUCAUAAACAGGUUCUUGACAAAAAAUGUUGUGAAUAUUUUGACAGAAAUUUUGAGGCUACCAUGGGAAAGAUAAUAAUUGGUAUGUGUAUAAAUGAAAGUCAUUGUAUUAGUAUUGCCUAUUCUUAUCAUUUUCAAAAUACAGAUAAUAUUGAAACUGUUACCUUUAUAUCCGUAUCUGCGUAGACUUUGUUACCUU